AUGUCAAGCCUAGGGUUUUUUUUGUAUAAUAGGAUUAUUGAUGCUUUGACGAAGAAUGGGUAUGUGGAUUUGGCGGUUUCAGUUUAUGAUGAUUUUAGGAAUGAUGGUUUGGUUGAAGAGAGUGUUACUUUUAUGGUUUUGAUUAAAGGGUUGUGUAAAGUUGGGAGAAUUGAUGAAAUGUUGAAGGUUUUAAGUAAAAUGAGGGAGAAUUUGUGUACGCCGGACGUGUUUGCGUACACGGCGAUGGUGAGGGUGUUGGUUGAAGCAGGGAAUUUGGAUGGGUGUUUGAGGGUUUGGGAGGAAAUGAGGAGGGAUAAGGUGGAGCCGGACGCAAUGGCACAUACAACUUUGGUUACCGCAUUGUGUAAAGGUGGGAGGGUGGAGAAAGGGUAUGAGUUGUUUAGGGAGAUGAAGGAGAAAAGGUGUUUGAUUGAUAGGGCAAUAUAUGGAUCAUUGGUUGAUGCGUUUGUGGUAGAUGGGAAAGUGGGGUUUGCUUGUGGUUUGUUGAAGGAUUUGGUGGAUUCUGGGUAUAGAGCUGAUUUGGGGAUUUAUAAUUCGAUUAUCGAAGGUUUGUGUGGUGUGAAGCGAGUCGAUAAGGCUUAUAAGGUUUUUCAGGUCACGGUUCAGGAGGGUCUUGAGCCAGAGUUUGUGACUGUGAAUCCAAUUUUGGUUUUGUAUGCAGAGAUGAGAAGGAUGGAUGAGUUUUGUAAAUUGUUAACCCAAAUGGAGAAAUUGGGAUUUUGUGUCAUUGAUGAUCUUUCGAAGUUCUUUGCUUUUGUGGUUGGGAAGGAGGAGAGGACAAUGAUAGCUGUGGAAGUGUUUGAGGACUUGAAAAAAAGAGGUUAUUGUAGUGUUUCCAUAUACAAUAUUCUUAUGGGGGCACUUCACAAGAAGGGGGAGUUCAAAAAGGUGAUAUCACUCUUUGAUGAAGUAAAGGAAUCAGAUUUUGAACCUGACUCAUUGACUUAUAGUAUUGCAAUUGAAUGUUUUGUUGAGAUUGGUGAUAUUGAAAAAGCAUGUCUGUAUCAUAAUAAAAUCAUGGAGAUGUCUUUGGUUCCUUCUGUUGCUGCUUAUUGUGCUCUUGCUAAAGGGCUCUGCAAGACUGGAGACAUUGAUGUAACUAUGAUGCUUGUUCACGAUUGCUUAGCCAAUGUUACGAGUGGCCCUAUGGAGUUUAAGUAUACACUUUCUGUUGUCCAUGCCUGUAAAUCUGGUGGUGCUGAGAAGGUGAUUGAGGUACUAAAUGAAAUGAUGCAACAGGGUUGUCCUCCUGAUGAGGUUAUAUACGCUGCUAUCAUCUCUGGCAUGUGUAACUAUGGGACAAUAGAGGAGGCAAGGAAGGUUUUUUCAAAUUUGAGAGACCGCAAACUUUUAACAGAAGUCAAUAUGAUUGUCUACAAUGAAAUGCUAAUUGAGCAUAUGAAGAAGAAGACUGCGGACUUGGUGGUGUCUGGAUUGAAGUUUUUUGGUCUAGAGUCCAAGUUGAAAGCAAAGGGUAGUACACUGCUGUCAAGUUGA